AUGUCGUGGCAAAGUCAAUGGGGCAAUGUCAAGGCCUCAAAUGCUAGAGCUGCUGCUCUUUACUAUGAAGUGUCGAAUGUAGGCAAGACUAUUGAAAGCUCGAAGAAGCGCGUGGUUUGGCGAUUGAAAGUCGAAGAAGGACGAGAUUUUGAGAUCUCACUCACGCACUCCUUGGCAUCAGGCAAAAAGGUGUUGCGAGUGGAUGGUAUCGUGAAGUACAAUUCCCAAUCGCUCCCUUUUGGCGACUGGGACUACGUGUUUAAUUUGUCUGGUGGACACUGCGUCCACAUUAUCAUUAAACCCUCUGUGGAUCUUAAUGAUAUGUAUGACUUAAUUGUCGAUGGUAUCUCCUUUCGUCGUCUACCCAAUCGUCUGGAUCCCACCAAGCUUCAGAAAUCGCAAGACAAUGGAGUUACCUCUGCUUCACGAACGAUUACCGACUCUGGCUCUCGAAAUGGCUCGUUCACGUACAAUUACUCAAAAGGGGGCUACAACAAUGGUAACUACGGUAAUACUCGCAAUUCGUCACGUGAGAAUUCGUUCUCGCCUUGGGAGUGCACGCAAUGCACUUUGGUGAACGAAAAGCCUCAUGCUUUGAUCUGUGAAGCCUGCGGCUUUGCAAAACCUGAUUAUAUUUCUCCAGAGUCACGUCAGCGUGCCAAAUCCGUGGCGCUUUCGCCGAAUCCUCCUCCGCUUCGCCUAGCAGCCAAGUCUGCAGCAACCGGUUCUAUUGUCUUUGAUAUGUGGAAUAGUUCGGCUCCAUCGACAAUACCGUUUCCUGAAUUUACUGACUUUGAUGGGUUUCCAGUCACAUCAACACUUGCGACGAAGCAGCAGCCACAAACGCAAGACAUUACGUCAAUGCUGUCAGGGCUCGACUUCACACCGCCACCGGUUGAAGAAACCUCACCACCUAUGGAAAAUGCACUUGAUUCACUUCAUACCGAAGAAGAUCAAGUGUCAACUAGAGAUCUGUGGUCCUCUGACAUGGUGAAUCUUAAUCUUAAACCCGAGGAUAAAAAUCUUUCUCAACGAUCCGCAAAAAGCUACCAGACUUUGGAACAAGCUCGUCAACUCGCUCCAAAGGAAAAAAUUCAGAUUCUACCAACACCUCCUCCACUGGCUUUUCCGACGUAUAACUCAAUACAGACACCUGGAAGUUUUAAUGGUGGUAUGGCCCCGCCGCAAGCUCUGAUGUACAAUUCAAUUGCGAAUACUGGGCCUUUCGGAAUGGCAUCUUCUUCAUCGGGAUUUGGAGUUAUGCAAUCGAACGCAAUGGUUCCGUAUGGAGGAUUUUUGGGACAGCAAGUGUCUCCUUUUACAACAAUGACUUCGAUGAAUGAGCCACUUAGACAGCUGUCCAUUCAAAAGAUGGACAACGAUCCAUUUGCCACUCUGUCGUGA